AUGGCGGCGGAUUUUUUCCCUCACAUUGACUUCUUUUAUAAUCCCGCCACUCUGCUUUGCGAGAGCAUUGCAAAAAAGGUUUUCCCACCAGGAGGAGGAGUAGAAUCGAAGGAGGCUGACGAUGAUUAUUCGUACAGAAUCAGGAAGCGGUUGUGGAAGGAGGUUUUGGUGCCAUUGAACAAAGCCUUGGCCACCCCGGCUUAUACCGGUGGCAACAAAUGGGGUUAUGAUCCAGGGUUCAAGCUAGAGCCCUGCGCGGUUGAUACUUAUUUGGAGGACGUUGUCAAAGUCCAAGAUUAA